AUGAAGGCCGCACCAUCAGGGCAAGCCGAGCCAAACGGCCUAGCCGCCCAAGAUGCGGCCCCGCAAGGUAUAAUCAACGUUAUCCAUGGUAUCAUUGAACCAGCCAGGGUCUGCGAGCUGAGAGGGAUGAUCAAGAAGGCCGAGCAUAUGAGGGAAGUGCUCUCUGUUCAGCCCACUGUGAAGAGGGGGAAAACCGAGCCAAAAGACGUCCUUACCUUUACAAGCAAGGAUUUAGAGAGGAUCCAGAUGCCCCACAAUGAUGCCUUAGUGGCAAGUCUUCGCGUCAAAGGCUUUGACAUUAAAAGAAUUUUGAUCGACCAGGGGAGUUCGGUCGAAAUUAUGUAUUAUGAUGCUUUCAAGCAAAUGAAGCUAGAGGACAAAGACUUGGCUCCCGCGACGUCCUCCUUGGUUGGUUUUAACUCUCAACCAGAGUGGCCGAUCGGAAAGAUCAUUUUGCCGGUCAGAGUGGGUUCUAUAGUAAAGCUGGUGGAAUUCUGGGUGCUGAAAGUUUCAUCCACAUACAACUUAAUUUUGGGCAGGGGGUGGUUGCACGCCAUGCAAGCAGUUGCGUCUACCUUCCAUCAAGUUAUGCGCUUUCCGGCGCCUGCCGGGCAAAUCGAAGAGGUUUGGGGAGACCAGGUGAUGGCAAAACAAUGCUUCGUUGCGGUAAAUGGCAGCUGA